AUGGCUUCACCCAACCCCGAGCCGGAUAGGCUCGAACCUCCACCACCUCCAAUUCAACAGACGGACAGCAACAUUUCAACGCCGACGAAUCGCCAACGAUGGGCGACUCAUCGAGCCUCCACUGCCGGAGGUAUGCGGAAACGCGUUUCUAUCAUGGAUCGCUUUCACAAGCGCCAGGAAAACCGAGACGAAAAACGAAGAUCUACUGCGGCCAACUCGGCGGCAGAGCCACCGGCACCCACAAGCUCAGGCGAAGGAAAUAGGAAGGUCUAUGUCAACGUUCCGCUGCCUGAAUCUGAAAGGGACGAAGAUGGUCAUCCCUUAGCGAAUUAUCCGCGGAACAAGGUCCGCACUGCAAAGUAUACGCCCAUAACCUUCGUCCCGAAGAAUUUGUGGUUCCAGUUUCAAAACAUCGCCAAUAUCUAUUUCUUGUUCAUCAUUAUCUUGGGUUUCUUCUCAAUAUUCGGUGUUGACAACCCUGCCCUCAAUACGGUACCUCUAAUUGUCAUCAUUGUGGUUACGGCUAUAAAAGAUGGCAUUGAGGAUUGGCGUCGGACAGUACUUGACACCGAGCUGAACAAUUCGCCUGUAUACCGGUUAGUCGAUUGGCACAACGUGAAUUCUACCGAAGAUAGUGUAUCCUUGUGGCGACGCUUCAAGAAAGCCUGUACUCGCGGGACGAUCUGGACGUACCGGAAGCUCAGAGACGCGUUCUCAAAAGACAACAAGAACGAAGACUCCGCGUUCACCGAGAGGCGCGCUUCGUUUUUAACGACUGCGUCUCCCAGGGCAUCAAUGGAAUCGGAUCAUGGCGAUCACGGUCAGGAUGAAGCCAUUCAGAUGACCCCUGUCUCUUCCCCAGUUCCCGAUGCUCGCUCGGACUGGCCUCUUCCCAACCCGGAACCAAGCCAGUACCUUCACCCGGACAAAGCCGCUCGUCGUGCUAGUAUUGCGCCUUCAGAUAACUCGUUAGCUGCGAAAAAAGCUGGCAGUGUGGUGGAUAUGUCCAAGCAGAUAGUUGGCAAUGCACGGUUCAAACGUGACUACUGGAAAAGUCUUCAGGUCGGUGACUUUGUGCGACUCUAUAAUGGGGAUCCCAUUCCUGCGGACAUUGUGGUGCUGUCAACAUCCGACCCAGACGGCGCGUGCUACGUGGAAACGAAGAGUCUCGAUGGCGAAACUAACCUGAAAGUUCGGCAAGCCCUCCAUUGUGGCCGUAAAGUCCGUCACGCGCGCGACUGCGAGAGGUCGGAGUUUAUAAUUGAGAGCGAAGCUCCUCAUCCCAACCUGUACGCCUAUAACGGCGCCUUACGCUGGGACCAGCGCGAUCUUGAUUACCCCGAUGCGCCUCGGAAGGAGAUGGUGGAACCGAUUACAAUCAACAAUCUGCUCUUGCGUGGCUGCUCACUGCGUAAUACUGAGUGGGUGCUAGGUGUUGUUGUUUUCACCGGCAUUGAGACAAAGAUUAUGCUUAACUCCGGCGAAACGCCUAGCAAACGCCCUCAGCUUGCCAAGGAUCUAAACUGGAACGUUAUCUACAACUUCAUUAUCUUGUUCAUAAUGUGUCUCGUUUCCGGCAUCGUUAACGGUGUGGCGUGGGGUUCAGAUAAUAGGUCACUCAAAUACUUUGAGACACCCUAUGUUAGCUCUCCUGCGGUGACCGGUAUCAUUACCUUCUGGGUCGCCCUGAUUUUGUUUCAGAAUUUGGUGCCAAUUUCUCUCUACAUUUCGCUUGAAAUCGUCCGCACAGCCCAGGCCAUAUUCAUCCACAGCGACGUUUUCAUGUAUUAUGAAAAGCUUGGUAUUGCCUGCAUACCGAAGUCUUGGAACAUAUCCGACGAUGUGGGGCAGAUCGAGUACAUAUUCUCCGACAAAACCGGCACAUUGACUCAAAACGUCAUGGACUUCAAGAAAUGCACCGUAAAUGGUGUAUCCUACGGCGAAGCAUUUACAGAAGCCCAGAUUGGUCUUGUCCGACGAGAAGGGGGCGAUGCCGACGCUGAAGCUGCACGGGCUCGCGAAAAGAUUGCCAUGGAUACGACCAAGAUGAUCAAGUUGCUCCGACAAGUGCAUGACAAUCCAUAUCUCCGUGACGAGAACUUAACCUUCAUAUCCCCAGACUACGUUGCAGACAUGGAUGGCCAGUCAGGCACAGCCCAGAAACAGGCCACGCAACAUUUCAUGCUUGCUCUUGCCGUCUGUCAUUCGGUGAUUACCGAGCAUACUCCUGGCGAUCCGCCGCAAAUUGAGUUCAAGGCGCAAUCACCUGACGAGGCUGCUCUUGUUGGCACAGCGCGUGACUGUGGCUUCACGCUGCUUGGGCGCUCGAAUGACGACCUCAUUGUGAAUGUCAUGGGCGAGGAACGUACGUACACCGUUCUGAAUACCCUCGAGUUCAAUUCAACCAGAAAGCGAAUGAGUGCAAUCGUCCGCAUGCCUGAUCGCAGUAUAAGACUCUUCUGCAAAGGCGCAGAUAGCAUCAUUUAUUCGCGUCUUGCUCCAGGCAAGCAACAAGAGCUUCGGAGGGAAACAGCAAAGCAUCUCGAGACAUUCGCGCGCGAAGGUCUAAGAACACUUUGCGUUGCAGACCGAAAGCUUUCAGAAGAGGAGUAUCGGGCAUGGAGCAAGGAGCAUGACAUUGCCGCAGCUGCACUCACAGAUCGCGAAGAGAAACUCGAAAAUGUCGCAAGUUCCAUAGAACAGGAUCUCAUGCUAAUUGGAGGUACCGCCAUUGAAGAUAAGCUGCAGGACGGUGUACCUGAUACUAUAUCCCUGCUGGCCAAUGCAGGUAUCAAACUAUGGGUGCUUACUGGCGAUAAAGUGGAAACUGCCAUCAACAUCGGGUUUUCUUGCAAUCUCUUGACCAACGAUAUGGAACUUAUCGUUUUCAAUAUUCCCGGAGACCAGCGGCAGCAGGCUUCUCGGGAGUUGGACGAACAUCUACGCAAGUUCGGGCUUACGGGAUCGGAUGAAGAGCUUAUUGCUGCGCGAGAGGAUCAUACCCCACCCGAAGCGACUCAUGCUGUUGUUAUUGAUGGCGAGACGCUAAAGUUGAUGCUCACGGACGAGAUGAAGCAGAGAUUCCUCCUCCUUUGCAAGCAAUGCAAAUCUGUCCUGUGUUGCCGAGUCAGUCCCGCCCAGAAAGCAGCUGUCGUCAAGCUAGUGAAGGACGGUCUUAAUAUCAUGGCCCUCUCCAUUGGUGAUGGAGCUAAUGAUGUCGCCAUGAUUCAGGCGGCUGAUGUUGGAGUCGGUAUCAUCGGUGAAGAGGGUAGGCAAGCCGCCAUGUCGGCGGAUUAUGCCAUUGGGCAAUUCCGAUUUUUACAGCGUCUUAUCCUUGUUCAUGGUCGCUACUCCUACCGACGCUUGGGAGAAACGACUGCCAACUUCUUUUACAAGAACUUGGUUUGGACUUUCGCGCUCUUCUGGUACUCGAUCUACAACGACUUUGAUGGCUCCUACCUGUUCGAUUACACUUAUAUCAUCCUGGUCAACCUUGCUUUCACGUCAUUACCCGUCAUCUUAAUGGGAAUAUUCGACCAGGAUGUCGAUGACAAAGUAUCGCUCGCCGUUCCUCAGCUGUAUAUGAGGGGAAUUGAAAGGCUGGAGUGGUCUCAGACGAAGUUCUGGCUGCACAUGGCUGACGGCUUCUAUCAAUCGGUCAUUUGUUACUACAUGCCAUAUCUCCUGUACGAGCCAGCGAAUUUCGUCACUGAGAACGGGUUAGACGUCAGCGAUCGCAAUCGAAUGGGUGUUUUGGUCGCUUCUUGUGCCGUUAUUGCCAGUAACACCUACAUACUCAUGAACACCUAUAGGUGGGACUGGUUGACGGUGCUGAUCAACGCGAUCAGUUGCUUGCUUAUCUUCUUCUGGACUGGAGUCUACUCAUCUGUCCAAGCUUCCGCCCAAUUCUAUGGAGCCGCUGCUCAGACGUAUGGGACACUAUCCUUCUGGGUCAUCCUUCUCUUGACAGUCACAAUAUGUCUUCUUCCUCGGUUUGUGGUCAAGUCCGUCCAGAAGGUGUUCUUCCCGCUUGAUGUCGACAUUAUCCGUGAGCAAAUCACGCAAGGCAAAUUCAAAUAUCUCGAUGAGUUUGAGACGUAUGUCCCCAAGGCAGCUGGUUCUGCGAACGGUUCUGCGGCGUCCUCUGACCUGGGGAAGCCGGUCGAUUCUGGUACGAGGCAAAAUCCUUUUUCAGAUGAUCAGCAGAUCUAUGCGGAAUCCGUUGCCCCGACGGUUCGUACGCAUAAUCCGCGCGGCCAGAAUGGUAGUAACGGAACCACCUAUGCUUCUAGUAUUGACACCACCCGGCAUGCCCACCCGCAGGCAGUCGAUUACGUACGAUCCUCAGCCGAACGGACACGACACUCAUUCGAUAGAGCCCGACAGAGCUUCGAAGCAGCCGAUGGCUUCACCUCCGCCAACACAUUGACGCGAGUGGAAUCGUCCCUGACAACAGGCGCCCACCGGCCGCAAAGCCCUCAUAGCCCGCUCAAGUCGAACUGA